GAUCAUCUUCUCCACUCCUCUGGCUAUCAUUGCCUACUUCCUCAUCUGGUUUGUGCCUGACUUCCCUCCAGGGAUGGAAAGGUCGCAUGGGUUCCUUUGGUACCUGCUUUUCUACUGUCUCUUUGAGACACUGGUCACGUGUUUCCACGUUCCCUACUCCGCACUCACCAUGUUCAUCAGCACAGAGCAGAGUGAGCGGGACUCGGCCACUGCCUAUAGGAUGACUGUGGAGGUGCUGGGCACAGUGAUAGGCACAGCAAUCCAAGGACAAAUUGUGGGCCAAGCCAAUGCGCCUUGUCUCCAGGACCAGAAUGGCUCUGCAGUGAGCUCAGAAGUUGUCAACCAUACACAGAAUGCCUCCUCCCUCAAAGAAACGCAAAAUGCAUACCUGCUGGCAGCAGGAAUCAUCGCCUCCAUCUACGUCAUCUGCGCCAUCAUUCUGAUUCUAGGAGUGCGGGAGCAGAGAGAACCCUAUGAGGCCCAGCAGGCCGAGUCGAUGCCCUUCUUUCAGGGCCUCCGGCUGGUCAUGAGUCAUGGCCCCUAUGUCAAGCUCAUUGCAGGCUUCCUCUUCACCUCCCUGGCUUUCAUGCUGGUGGAGGGCAACUUUGCCUUGUUCUGCACCUAUACUUUGGGGUUUCGGAACGAGUUCCAGAACCUGCUCCUGGCCAUCAUGCUCUCGGCCACCUUCACCAUCCCCAUCUGGCAGUGGUUCCUAACCCGGUUUGGCAAGAAGACAGCUGUAUAUGUCGGGAUCUCAUCAGCAGUUCCUUUUCUCAUCUUGGUGGCCCUCAUGAAGAGUAAUCUAAUCGUCACUUACGUGGUGGCCAUAGCGGCUGGUGUCAGUGUAGCGGCUGCCUUCUUACUACCCUGGUCCAUGCUGCCUGAUGUCAUCGAUGACUUCCGCCUGAAACACCCUCAGUCCCCCGGCACCGAGCCCAUCUUCUUUUCCUUCUAUGUCUUCUUCACCAAGUUUGCCUCUGGAGUUUCCCUGGGCGUGUCCACCCUCAGUCUUGACUUUGCUGAGUACCAGACGCAGGGAUGCUUCCAGCCAGAACAGGUCAAGUUUACACUGAAGAUGCUGGUGACCAUGGCUCCGAUCAUCCUCAUCCUGCUGGGCCUGCUGCUCUUCAAGCUGUACCCCAUUGAUGAGGAGAGGCGGCGACAGAACAAGAAGGCCCUGCAGGCGCUACGAGAUGAAGCCAGCAGCUCAGGUUGCUCUGACACAGACUCCACAGAGCUGGCCAGCAUUCUCUAGGACCUGCCACAUUGCCUGAAGCCACCACACAAAGGACCCCGGGUACCAGGUAGCAUUAGGCACGGGAUCUUUUUGCCCUUGCACUGAGCAGCUGUUCUCCCUGUGUUCAAGACAGGGACCAAGGACUGGAGGGUGAGCGAGCGGCCCGGGACAUACGUGCUCACUGCAGGGCUGGCCGCUCUGUAGCCUUCUCACUGCCGGCCCACAGGGCCAAGCCCUAGGGCUGCCACUGUGAAUAUGCCAAGGACUGGCCGGGCCUAGCUCGGAACACUAAUGUAGAAACGUUUUAUACAGAGACUAAUUAAUAACUUAAUGACUAUGUAUAUAGUGAUGUGUGUAUGUAUAUGUCUGUGAGCUAUUAAUGUUAUUAAUUUUCAUAAAAACUGGAAAACAAAUCCA